UCUGUUCUGUUCUGUUCUGUUCCCAGUGAGCGUAACUCUCACACGCCUCUCACGUCCACUGUUCUACUCGCUCGUCCGUGCCCUACCCUACCCUGGUCACCUGGUGCCGAGGGAGCAGCAGCCUCAUCGGCUCGAUCCCCGUCUCCAGAGAACCCAAGGAAGCUCUAGAAGACGUUCUCCCCCUCCCCGAUCCAUCAUCUUCCCUUCCAAAGCGGCGUCUGCGUCGCCUUCCACCUCGCCUCCGAUGCGCGCCUGCGAGGGGGAGAUCUCAGUGUACUCGAUUGAGCCGCGGCAACCUGGGAGUCCAGGAUCUUCCCCUCGGUGAGCCAUGGGUUGCGCCUGGGGCAAGCCCUUACCCGUCGAGGACAGCCGAAGGAGGAGCCCACCGGAGAGGUCGCCCCUCCCACCUCUGCCGGCGGCGGGGGCCUUGCAGGUUGAUGCGCCGGCCAAGAGGACGGCAGUGACUGCUUUAGCCGCCUCGUCCUUGAGGCGCGAGGAGGCGAUCUAUGUCAGAACGGAGGCGGGCGUGGAGGUGGCGGCGGCGGCGGGGAAGAAGGUACUGAAUAAGCCGGCUCGGGCUAAUUGGCCAGAUGCGGAGAGGAGGAGAGUCGCAGAGAGACAGGCGCAACGGAAACAUCCGAUGCAGGUGUUCGGGAGUGUUCCCAAGGCUGUCGAAGGAGAGCAGGUGGCGGCUGGGUGGCCGGCGUGGUUGGCUACUGUGGCUGGAGAGGCCAUUAUGGGUUGGGUGCCACGAAAGGCAGAUUCCUUUGAGAAGCUCGAUAAAAUUGGCCAAGGAACAUACAGCAGUGUAUACAGAGCACGGGAUCUUGACAAUAAAAAGAUUGUUGCUUUAAAGAAAGUGCGUUUUGACAAUUUGGAGCCUGAAAGUGUAAAGUUUAUGGCUAGGGAGAUUCUCAUUUUGCGCAGACUUGAUCAUCCAAAUAUAGUGAAGCUGGAAGGUUUGGUAACAUCGCGUAUGUCUUGCAGUUUAUACCUUGUUUUUGAGUAUAUGGAACAUGACCUUGCUGGCCUGGCUUCUUCCCCUGGGCUGAAGUUCAGUGAACCCCAGGUUAAAUGUUACAUGCAGCAACUUUUACAUGGUCUUGAUCAUUGUCACAAUCGUGAAAUUCUGCAUCGGGAUAUCAAGGGUUCCAAUCUCUUAAUAGACGACAGUGGCAUUUUAAAGAUUGCAGAUUUUGGCUUGGCAAGUUUCUUUGAUCCUGAGCAACGACUUCCAUUAACUAGUCGUGUAGUUACCCUUUGGUAUAGACCACCAGAACUUUUGCUAGGAGCGACUAAUUAUGGGGUUUCUGUUGACUUAUGGAGUGCUGGAUGCAUUCUUGCAGAAUUAUAUGCAGGCAAACCUAUAAUGCCAGGACGAACAGAGGUAGAACAGUUGCACAAAAUAUUUAAACUUUGUGGUUCACCUUCAGAAGAGUAUUGGAGGAAAUCUAGAUUGCCCCAUGCUACUAUUUUUAAACCACAACAACCUUAUAGACGAUGUGUUGCUGAAGCAUUUAAGGACUUUCCUCCAUCAGCUCUUACAUUACUUGAAGUUCUUCUUUCAGUGGAUCCUGCAGACCGUGGAACUGCAGCUUCUGCCCUAAAGAAUGAGUUUUUUACAAGGAAGCCUCUUGCUUGUGAUCCUUCAAGCUUGCCCAAAUAUCCUCCAAGUAAAGAGUUCGAUUCAAAAAGAAGGGAGGAGGAAGCUCGAAGGCAAGGUGCUACUGGGGGCAAUGUACAUAAACUUGUUGCUGAAAAGGGAGUCCAGAGGGAGUCCAAAGCUAUUCCUGCUCCUGAUGCCAAUGCUGAAUUAACAACAUCACUGCAGAAGAGACAAGCCCAAGCUAAUUCCAGAAGUCGAAGUGAGAAGUUCGAUCCACGUCAGGAAGAUAUUGCUUCUGGUUUUCCAAUCGAACCUCCUCAAGUAGCUCCAGUGCUGGAAGUAGCUGAAGAACCUCAGAAACAACUCUGUAAUAGGUCCUUCCAUUCAGGACCUCUGGUUCAUCGUAGUCAAUUGCCAAAAGCGUGGAAAAAUGCGGAAAAUCUACCUAAGAUUUUUGCUGCUGCAGACUUAUCAGGGUUGCCAGAAUCAGCAACUGGAAGGAGGAAAAUUUUAUCAGAUGAUGGUGAUAAUGAUCUGAUCACUCAUUUAGGAGGUUCUCCAGCAGGUAGGUUAUCUGAAUCUGGUAAUAAAUCUUCAAAUAAUAGAAAGCGUGAUCAGAUUUAUCAUCAGAGAGAGGAUGAGAGCAGCUACAAGAUAGAUCAACAAACUCAGCAGGGUUACAGGCCAAAAGGAAACAAGAUACAUUACUCUGGGCCGCUGCUGCGCCCAUCCGGGAAUGUUGAUCAGAUGCUCAAGGAUCAUGACCGUCAAAUUCAAGAGGUAUUCCGACGCUCUCGAAUUAACAAGACAAAGAUCAGGAAACAUCAAGGUGACGGAAACCAGUUUGGAGUGAAGCCUGAUGAUUUCAUUCCCAUGCCAUUAUAUCCUUCUACCCGUGGCUCAUCCAUUCCGGUUUUCACAUCAAGCCGUGGAUCUGCACGGUAAAAUCUCACUGAGAACGCACUAUGGAAACGAGUAAUUGGUUGGCAAGUUGGAACACACCCGUCUAUUUUUUUAUUACUUCUGGAUAUUCUGUAUUAUUCUGUUUUGGUGGAUGGGGUUUGGUGAUACAUGCUGACCCAAUAGUUAGGAAGAAUACAAGAUUUAUUAUGUAGAUGAGGACGACAAUGAUGAGGUUAGGUGAUGUGUAGAUUUCUUUGUAUUGCUCGUAGGUACAAGAACUGAGCUGUUGAUUGAGUCGAUGACCCAUUGUAGUGCAGAUCUUGUAAACUUAUGAGCUUCCCAAAGUUUCCAUUAUUGGCCGCCCA